CCCCUUUCCUUACCUUCCCUCACCCCCUGCCCUCUCCCCAGCACUGGCCUAGAGCCUCUAUGGGAAUGAAUGUGUAUGAGAGAGACUCGCGAGCGUGAGCGUGGGCGGGAGAGACGCGGGGGUAGCCGACUGCCCUUCUCCUGGACACCAGGGGGUAGACUUGGUAGCCCUGGCGAGGCCACUUUUUUUUAACAGGCCUCCUUCCAUCUCCCAGUAUCCCACUUCUCCAGCUGUGGUGGAAGACCUGGCUUUGGUGCUCUCCAGCUGUGCUCCAGCGGGGGCUGCAGCAGAGCUCCUUUUUGGCCCCUCCUCCUAAUCCUCCUCCCCUUAGUCUUUCCCCCCUCCACCCCCCCCCCCCCCAGCUGUUCUCUGCCACUACUGCUGUUGCUACAGCUGAUUUGCUCCUCCGCUCCUGGCUUCGGCUUUCCUCUCCCCCCUCAUUACCCCACCCCACCCCCCUUCAUGGCCGGGCACGAGUGGGACUGGUUUCAACGGGAAGAGCUCAUCGGGCAGAUUAGCGACAUCCGAGUUCAAAACCUUCAAGUUGAGAGGGAAAAUGUUCAGAAGAGAACCUUCACCCGGUGGAUCAAUUUACACUUGGAAAAGUGCAAACCUCCUCUAGAAGUGAAAGAUUUAUUCAUUGAUAUACAAGAUGGAAAAAUCCUGAUGGCAUUGUUAGAAGUUCUCUCAGGGCAAAGUCUGCUGCAUGAAUAUAAAUCCUCAUCCCAUCGUAUUUUUCGGUUGAACAACAUAGCAAAAGCACUUAAGUUUUUGGAGGAUAGCAAUGUAAAACUGGUUAGCAUUGAUGCAGCUGAAAUAGCAGAUGGAAACUCUUCUUUGGUUCUUGGAUUGAUAUGGAAUAUAAUCCUCUUUUUUCAGAUUAAGGAACUCACAGGCAAUCUCAAUAGGAACUCCUCGUCUUCUAGUUUGUCUUCUGGCACUCCAGGCCCUGAAUCAGAUUCAUCGCUGCCAAUGACUCCCAAAGGAGAAAACAUCGUGGCUCUGACAGUGAAAGAUCAGAGAAAGGCCAUCAGGACCCUUUUAAACUGGGUCCAAAGAAGAACAAGAAAAUAUGGAGUGGCCGUACAGGACUUUGCAGGCAGCUGGAGAAGUGGUCUUGCUUUUCUCGCCAUAAUAAAGGCCAUUGAUCCCAGCUUGGUUGACAUAAAGCAAGCCUUGGAGACUCCUGCCCGGGAGAACCUGGAGAAAGCCUUUAGCUUAGCACAUGAUAAACUUCACAUACCUAGACUUCUGGAGCCAGAAGAUAUAAUGGUUGAGUCACCAGAUGAACAGUCGAUCGUGACAUAUGUGGCACAGUUCCUAGAGCAUUUCCCAGAAUUAGAAGGAGAAGAUUUCACUGAUCCUGAUAAAGAGAUUCCUAUUGAAUCUACCUUCGUCCGUAUCAAAGAAACUCCUACUGAACAAGAGAGCAAAAUUCUCCUUCUCCCUGAAAAGGGAGAACAUACAUAUACAGUUAACUGUGAAACCAGCCAACCACCUCCUCCAAUAAUCUUUGUCUCAGAUGCCUCAGAAGUGGGAAAAGAAUUGAUCCCAAGUGAAUGUCCCAGUGAAUCUUCUGGCCAUAGGCGUCCUGAUAGCCCAAAGAACCAGCUACCCCAUAUUGCUGAGCAGGCAUUUCCAGGAGGCUUAAAUAAGCCAAGUGACAUUAAUGAAUCAGUAUCAGAGCCAUCUAUUUUACUACCUAAAAAGGCUGGCCACAGGCCUGACUCUCUGCCAAUUAAGAAAACAGUCCAUUUUGAGUCAGACUUAUCUAGAGAUGCUUCAUGCAGUAAAGACAUUUCCUUUAAAAGGGACUCAGGGAAGAUUAAUGAGCCAUUGAAACAGGAUGCCUCUGUAUCAUCAUCUGGAAUAAGUAAUAAAACAAAAGCCAAAGAAGGACGUAUGAAAACUUUGGGCUCAGCUCUCAACAAAAUCCUGGAUGACUAUCCUUUAACACAUAAAAAAAAUACUGUUUUUUCAACUUCAGAGGUGUUACCAGGGACAACUGAAAGGGAAAAUGUCAGAAUGAACAAAGAAGAUGAUAUUAGCCCUCAUUCAUUGGAAGCCAAAGGUCAAAAACUGAUUCAAGAGACUCUAAAUGAAGCUGCAAAGUUUGAAGAGAUGACAUUGAAGACUCUUAAACAAAGCACUGAAAUGAAAGGCUUGACUGAAGUCAGCCAAAUCCUCCAUGACAAAAACUCUUCCCCUGGUGAGAAAAAUGCUUGUGAUAAAGUUUCGGAGGCAAAUGUAGAACAGUUGACGAAAAAAGCUUCUAAAUGUCGUCGUAAAAUGAAAGAUUCAACUACAGACAAAUCUGACACUGACAUGCACAGCUCUACUGGAAAGACGAUUGAUCCCAGUGAUCAUUUGUCCCUAGCUUCCCCUGACAAGGAUGUCUAUAAUUACAUUUGGCAACUACAAGAAAAACAUUUAAUGACUGAACUAGAUAGCUGUGAAAAGGCAAAGCAGAAGUCUGUCCACUUUGACCAAGAGGAAAAUACUCCUCCUGAAGAUCACCUUGAAAGUCAGGAUGAUCUGGAUGAUGAGAUCUCUACCCCACUUAGUAGCAGCAUCAGUCUUGAAACUCUUGGUAGUCAAAGUGAAGAUAGUCUUGACUUUAAGCUCUCUCCACCUUCUUCAAAAGUCUCAGUGAUUCCUCAUGACCUUUUCUAUUACCCUCAUUACGAUGUUCCCUUAUCCGCUGUUCUAGAAGCCUAUGUGGAAGCCUCUCAUGGCUCUCAGAAUGAAGAAAUGGUUCCGGAGAAAUCCACAGAGGAUGCUCAAGAACUUGACACCAAAGGGAAAGAUCCUCAAAAAUAUUGCAAGAGCAAACCUAGCUAUUCAGUGACUGAAGUGAGGGCAGACGUCCAACAGAUGGAUUCUCCUGGUCACCCAAGUGAAACACAGCCAUCUUCAAAAACUGUUGAGGCAGAUGUCCUUGUGGAACAUAAAGAAAAGGAACCUUCAUAUAGUGGAUCUGUAAACAGCUCUCAGUCCCAGGAUUUUAAGAAUGUGGGCAAGCUAUGUAUCUCUUUGGAGAAAUUGCCUGAAGAAGCCAGCAGCAAUAAGAAGACUGAAGAAUGGAAUCAUGGGGACCAAUCAGAUAGUUCGCUCUUUGUGGCAGCUAAAGCUGCUCAUUUCUCAGAGGAUCUAGAAGAAGAAAUCAUUGAUCGCAAAGUGAUUUCAAGGACCAGCCACAGUGACUCCAGCCUUUAUGUCCGAAGACAGGGUAAUAGAUCCUCAGACAUGGAUCAUGUCAGCCAUGGCCGUUUGAGACCUUCAGACAUGGAAGAAAGAAGAACUCGGUUAUUAAUCAGGAAGGUGAGCAAUUAUGGAGAGGCCAUGCUGCAAGAUCAUGGUACCCACUCUGACUCAUUUGUACAUUUUGCACAACAACAAGAUUUGGUGUACUUCAUCCUCUUCCUCUGGUUGCUGGUUUACUGCCUCUUGCUCUUUCCGCAGCUUGAUAUCAAAAAACUUUGAUUUGUGUGUUUCAAUAAUAAAGGACAGAGACUUAAUUGUAUUUUUUUAAAUAUUAGGGGUGGUUUUUGAGAAGAAUCAAGUUGUGUACAGAUCAGUGAUUUGGGGUGAAAUAUAAACUUAGCUCUGAUCAGUUCAAGGAUAAGGCUGUCUUUAUUCCUUGGUACUAAAAUUGUCACAAAGUUUGUGUAAGAAAGAUAAGUAAAUUAAUUGCUAGAAAAA